AUGGCUGUCAAUCUCAAUUUGGAAACUGUACCAGUGGAGACACCGUCAAUGGGACCAAGGUCUGGAUAUUGUGGAACCACGACGGAUUAUUGUUCUACUCCUUCGGGUUGUCAAUCAGCAUAUGGGAAAUGCGACGAUGGAGGAAGCGACGCAGAAAAACGAUGUGGAUCUGGUGUUGGUAAUUGUGCAUCAGAUGAAUGUUGUUCUCUUGCUGGAUACUGUGGUACUACCGAAGGUAUCCAUCCACCUUCACUUUACAUCCAACCUACAGCUCCUAACCACUCCUUAGAAUAUUGCGCCGCUCCUGAUUGUCAAUUCAACUAUGGACCCGCCUGCGACGCCAACACCAUUCCAACAGGCAGCAAUACCUCCAGCAUUGCCCGUCCAGCUCUAGGAUCCGUCCUAUAUGGCUCAGCCGGUAUCUACGAUUGUGCAACUCCUGGCGACAUGGCACUAACCUUCGACGAUGGUCCCUACAUCUACACAUCCCACAUCCUCGAUAUCCUCGCCCAAUACAACGCAUCAGCGACAUUUUUCAUCACCGGUAACAACCUCGGAAAGGGUCACAUUGAUAAUACAUCUCUCCCCUGGCCAUCCCUCAUAAAACGCAUGUAUGAUAAUGGACAUCAAAUAGCAUCUCAUUCAUGGAGUCAUGCCGAUUUAUGCAACAUAACAAGUACACAGCGUAAAAAUGAGAUGUGGAAGAAUGAAAUGGCGUUGAGGAAUAUAAUUGGCGUUAUUCCAACAUAUAUGAGACCGCCAUAUUCGAGUUGUACAGCAGAAUGUGGAUGUGAGAAGGAUAUGGGGGAGUUAGGAUAUCACAUUACUUAUUUUUCCCUGGAUACUCAAGAUUACCUCAACGACUCACCAACUCUAAUCAGCAACUCCCAAAAUAUUUUCUCCACCGCAAUCAACGCUUCAGAUCCCAAAACCGACCACCCUCUCCUCAUAACCCACGACAUCCACAACCAAACCUCCGCCGUCCUCAUCGAAUACAUACUCCAAAACGCCAUCGCGAAAGGUUAUAAUCCCGUAACCGUGGGUACGUGUUUAGGCGACGCGAAAGCAAAUUGGUAUCGUGUGGAUGCGGGGAGUACUUUGGGGUGA